CUCAGGCUGUGGAGGUGCUGACAGAGGUCUGUUUGCUCUGCUUCCAGAGACGAAGAGCCACCUCCUACUCCUCCUCCUCCUCCUCUUCUCCUCUCCUCCUCCCGGCAGAGACAGUGUUCUCUCCCUCUGUCCCGUCGGCAGAAGGGGGACCUGUUUCCUCUGAACAGAGCGCAGUCACCCCCUCUAAACGGGACAGGAUGGGACGGGGCUUACGUGAGGACCGGGCUCAACACCAUGGGUGAAACGCUCCUGCCGCGCUGUCGGAACACAUCCAGAAGCCCGCGGCCCGUUUGACGGGAGUCUAAGCGCGGUUAACUCGUAUGAACUCCGGAGUGAGAUGGCGGACCCUUCCCUCGGAAACCGCGACCCGCGGAUCCGCUUCGUCGCCAUUACAGAACUCUAGAGCGGGCGCUAUGGAAACGGAAACCACGGCGAUCGCGGAGAGCCUGCGACCGUCUGUGUCUGCGAUGCUCACAGCCACGUUUUUUGCGCGGGACGGACCCAGGGAGAGAGAGACGCCUGCUUAUUCUUCUCAGGGUGGCAGCCAAUCAGAGGACAGGAACGGACAUGCGCCGCCCGAUUGGGCGCUGACCCGGGAGACACGGGUGGGGGGUGAGGCGAUGGACCUGGGGAGGAGGGGGAAAGUUCGGCUGCUGGGCUGCUCGGAGGAACCUGAAGGGCUUCCUGAAGACUCUCCACCAUUCACCUCAGUGGAUCUGUCCCAGGCUCCUGAGCCAAUGACGUGUCUCAAUUGCUCUCAAGCCGACCAAUCAGAAGGUCCAGAUAAAGAUAUAAGCCUCGCAACUGGAACUGAGGUGGGGUGCGUGGGGCCUAGUACUGACACAACCCCGCCGUGUUUUUGCGAGGGACUCUGUGGCGUUCAGACCGCGAUGCCUGUGCCCCAGUACGGCGGAGGGGAGCCUGGUGUUUUCGGUGACCCUUCAGACGAUGGCGCAGCCCAGGCCGAGAGUUUUUGGGAGCUGCCCCGCAUCAUCAGGCACAAGCCCACCUCCAUCACCUUCUCCGACCUGGACUCUCCCGAAAGCUGCCAGUCUAACGCCACCCCAACAGCGCUCUUCAUCAGCGAGAGCUCGGAUGGAGGGGAGUCUUCCUCGGGGAACGAGGAGGACAACGAGGACGCUAACGGGGACGCUAACGGGGACGCUAACGACGACGACGACGUGUUCACCGAGUUGCCGCGGUACCGGGAGUUCCUCAUCAGCCGACAGCGCCGCAGCGCCAAUCGGGGCCGGCCCAAGAGGAACGGGCCAAUCAGGAGGCAGGACGUCCCGCCCCCAGAGGAAGAGGCGGAGCCCCGGGCAGAGGAGGCCCCUCCUGCGGUACUGUCUCCCUGGUCGGACUCCAUGUCCCAGCUGAUGCACAAGCUGGACCAGCUCAACCUGGACAUCGAGGAGGCCCUGAGCGCUGGCUCCUCCCCCUCCGACACGCCCACCGUCGCCCGGAAACAGAUGCCCGGAGCGGUUCUGGAGACCGCGCUCGACCUGGUCCAGGGAGAGGGGUGCGGGAGCCAGAACUGCUCCUCCUCCUCCUCCUCUUCCUCCUGCUUACGGCGGAACACGAGAGGCAGCGGCUCUCGGGCCAGGAGGACCAAGUCCACAGACAUGCAGGCCCCUGGGCUCACCUGCAAAAGAGACGGCGAUCUCAGUGAGACCACCCUGGUUAAAUUCAGGUGA